AUGGCCACUAUCCCAAGAACAGGCGUGGCCGCCCCUUCCGGGGCCUUGCUGAGUGGCGAGAGAAGCCAAGAAAAUGCUGACCAAGAACGAACGAGAGCGUGGGAAGAGUAUCGUUAUUGGGCGCUUGAACAGCCCUCUUUGACCCUUUGGAAGGGCAAUUCUGACCCCUUUCAAAGCGCCGCUGUUGGAUUAGUGGCUCGAGAUUACGAGAUCAUUCGCCAGGCCCAGCGGUUUCCAGUUUUUGCAGCUUGGCCGGACAAAGCAAGCGCCGUCUUCAGGGCACCAAUAGCAGAUACAGCAAACUCCCAUAUUGAACUUCAACAAGCCAUGAAAGAUGAAGGUGAGAUCCACGCAAUUCUCGCUUCAGGUUACCAUGUGACCGCCGGCUCUUCAGGGCCAAACUCCGAAGUGUAUCUCGGCCGCGAGCUGGCGCACAAGACUCGAGCAGUGGCACUUCUGCGACAGAAGCUCCUGGACCACGGGUUCUCCGAUAGCGUUGCGACUUUAAUCCGUCUGCUUAUCUCUCUAGACUUUGAGGCAGGUGACUUUACAGCUUCUCUGGUCCAUUUGCGUGGCCUCUGGUCUAUGUCUUCGUCCCUCCCCGACAGAUUGCUCGACACGCAAGAGCUUAUCAUCGUCAGCGAUGUCUGGGUUGGCCUAUCAUUAUUGAAGAAACCAGAAAUCCCCCCUUCACGCUAUGACCCUGGCAGUCGCCCAUUGCAGACGUUCGAUGCGGCCCUUCGACUACUGGAGGAGAGCGAGGCGACCCGUUUCAACUGCUACGAGGCCGAGACCAGUUACCGCUCGGAUACUGUGCUCAGUACAGAAAGCUUUAGCUUGCUGGAUGCUGCCAACGAAGUUGUGAAUACCAAAGCCAUCAUGGAUCAGGUCAACGAAGCCACUAUACAACAAGACGUGGUCUGGUGGAUGCACAGACGGGCUACGGCUGUUUCAGGUUUACUAAUCUCCGGAUAUGUUGAUGCGAUCAGGUCCAGUGGCUCUGCAAUAUGUUCAGACAAUUUGAACGUCAGGAAGGAGUUGGAUGCUGCCGCAUGUUUGUGUGGAAUUUUGUUUAUGAAUUUUAGGUUCAUGGACUCCCCCAACAACUAUAACUUUAGCAAGACAUUUCAGAUGAUCGAGCCGAUCUUACGAAGAGUUUCGCAAGAUUCCGGGGAAGGCGUCCAACAGGAACAAGACGACGUUUUCCUGUGGUUACUGUUCAUGUGCGCCAUGGGCAGUGAUGUCUAUGCAGCAAGAGGAGACAUCCCCUACUCUGUUUGGCCUGCCCGAGAGUUCCGCCGUGUGUGUGCGCGACGAAAAGUCACAGAUGAAGCUUCCAUUAUAACCCUCUUCCGCCAAUUUGAAUACUAUCCUCAGAUGGACGACUUUGUCAAGGAGCUUCUGUCGGAUACAGUCGAGUUGCUGGAUAUGCCUAUCAUGCCAUGGUCGAAGUGGUGCGAAAUUCUUGACCAUUACGUCCCUUGA